AACUCUGCUUUGACGCCAUCUUACAGCCAAUUUUUUUUUGCGUGACGCGUUGUUGUAAUAAGAAAAAGAGUCAAGUUUCCCCGUGAAUUAGUGAUUUAAAGUGUUCUCAAGUUAGCAAGCGAAAAUGUCGCAACGCUUUGCACCUGGCCAAGCGCCAGUGCAGUCGCGCUACCAACCGCCGCCGCCGUCACCCGGCAUGCGUCCCUAUCCGCCGCCAGGAGCCACUUUUCCGCCGCGCGGUUUUCCGCUGCACCCGAACACAACGCAGCCCGUGCCUGGGACGGCGGCACCUCCGGGCGUUCCCGGACCUGGACCUGGACCCUCGCUCCUGCAGCGCGCCUCACAGCCGGCAUUCCAGAGCGUUUUGCGCGGCACUGGCGGUGGCGGCGGCUCCGGUGGUGGAAGCAAGCGUUCGGCCGAGUCGCGCAGCCUCAAUAGUGGGGCCGGCAAGGGAGAGUUUGGCACCGCCAAAAAGAAGAAGAAGCUGGCGGACAAGAUACUGCCGCAGAAGGUGCGUGACCUGGUGCCAGAGUCGCAGGCAUACAUGGAUCUGCUGACAUUCGAGCGCAAGCUGGAUGCCACAAUCAUGCGGAAGCGUUUGGACAUCCAGGAGGCCCUGAAGCGGCCCAUGAAGCAGAAGCGGAAGCUUCGGAUUUUCAUUUCGAAUACAUUCUACCCCAGUAAGGAGCCCUCCAACGAGGGCGAGGAGGGUGCCGUUGCCUCCUGGGAGCUGCGCGUCGAGGGUCGCCUGCUGGAGGAUGGCAAGGGCGAUCCCAAUACAAAGAUCAAGCGCAAAUUCUCGUCAUUCUUCAAAUCUCUGGUCAUUGAGCUGGACAAAGAGCUGUACGGGCCGGACAAUCAUUUGGUCGAAUGGCAUCGCACCCAUACCACACAGGAGACAGAUGGCUUCCAAGUGAAGCGACCCGGCGAUCGCAAUGUCCGCUGCACCAUUCUACUUCUGCUCGACUACCAACCGCUGCAGUUCAAGUUGGAUCCGAGACUCGCCCGCCUGCUGGGUGUCCACACGCAGACGCGUCCGGUGAUCAUCUCCGCUCUGUGGCAGUACAUCAAGACGCACAAGCUGCAGGAUGCCCACGAGCGGGAGUACAUCAAUUGUGACAAGUAUUUGGAGCAGAUAUUCAGCUGCCAGCGUAUGAAGUUCGCCGAGAUACCGCAGCGGCUCAAUCCACUGCUGCAUCCACCAGAUCCCAUUGUGAUCAAUCACUUUAUCGAGAGCUGUGCGGAGAACAAGCAGACGGCCUGCUAUGACAUCGAUGUCGAGGUGGAUGACACGCUAAAGAAUCAGAUGAACAACUUCCUGAUGAGCACCGCCAGCCAGCAGGAGAUCCAGGGCCUGGACACGAAGAUCCACGAGACGGUCGACACCAUCAAUCAGAUGAAAACGAAUCGGGAGUUCUUCCUCAGCUUUGCCAAGGAUCCGCAAAUGUUUAUCCAUCGCUGGAUAAUCAGUCAGACACGGGACUUGAAGCUAAUGACGGAUGUUGUAGGCAAUCCGGAGGAGGAGCGACGCGCCGAAUUCUACUAUCAGCCGUGGACGCACGAGGCCGUUUCGCGCUACUUCUUCACCAAAGUAAAUCAGAAACGAGCCGAACUGGAGCAGGCCCUGGGCAUACGCAAUGGAUAGGCAUCUGAAUCCAGGGCCAAGCAGCGAGACCAGCAGAUACCCAUCCCCCCCCCCCCCCCCCCCCCUCAUCUCUAUAGCUCUUUUUUGUACCGAAUCCGCGUCCGCGUCCCUGCCUGCACGCACACACAAAUAUUGGACCUUGCACUAAGAGAAUAAAAGUGGCACAAAUAAUUAUAGAAGCUAUCUAUCACUUAUUCCCUCGGCUGCCUCCCACCCAACGCCCAGAAUACCCGCGCCCCGUGAGAGAGAGCGAACCAGUUGUAUCCCAUUGAAAAUACAAGAUUGCAAGAUUUUUAGACUA